GUCGGUGUGUGUGUGUAUGUGUGUGUCUGUCUGCGUGUGUGUGUGUGUCUGUCGUCGUGCGUGUGUGUGUAUGUGUGGAGCGGAUGGGAAUUGCCACAUGUAGUUUCCGCUAAGCCGGGAACAAAAUCAGAACGACGAUAAAAACGUGAAGCUGCGUGUUGGUGAUUCUGUUUGUGUUUUAUCGGAUGUCUGAUCAGACGCGUUGUCGUCGGGGAUGUGAUCUCUGUCGAGUUUUCCGAUCCGCCACCUCCUCCAGAGAAACAGUUUCUUUCUGACAAGACAUCUUCCUUUUUUGUUUUUUUUUCCUGAUCACAUCCCUGCCGAUCAUUCAAUCAUUAUCUCCUCUGGGUUCCAGGUCUAGGAUCCAAACUCUCUGCUUUAUUCCGAUUUGACAUAAUUUCCAGAAGCUAAGCUAAAUAUUCCUGCUCUGGACCAUAAAGCGAACUUUUUCCACCCCUGGAGCUUUAAAAAGAUCCGAUUGUUGGGAACCAGAGGAGGUCGUGAUGAACGUUUCGUCUGUCUACUCGUUUUGUGUUUUUGUGUCGGAGCGCCAAUGGGGGGUGGUGGGGGUUUGGGGGGGGGGAUCUGGAAUAAAACUAAAUCCAGAACUGGAACUGGAUCCGGGUUCAUGCGAAUUCCUAAAGGAGGAAAAUGAACCAAACUAAAACUUUUGAUUCCAUGAUGUGGAUUUCUCUAAAGCAAAGUUAAAUUGGAUUUCCAGACUGCUGGAGGCUUCAUGAUUUUAAAAACCUUCUUUCGGCUCCAACGGCCUCCAGCUUUUCCUUCAAUUUGGACUUUUUCCUCAGGAAGUCGGUUUGUUUUCCUCCUCCAAAAAAAAAUUUAUAAGUUUGAUCGGAUAAAGUAGAAAAAUGUAAUUUUGUUCAUUUUGACUUGACCAAUCUGCCCUCUACUGGUGUAACAUGGAAGAACAUGCAGAGACUUAAAAAUUCAAUAAAUUGGCCUGAACAUUACUUUGUCCUGUUUGGUUUUUAUUGCAAAGACUUUAAUAAACGGCUCCACGUUGAGAUUAUGAAUGAAAUUAAUUUAACUGUUUAUCUUGUUGCAUCUGUUGAAGGUUUUGAGAACUGGAACGGUUUGGUUCAUAAUCCUUGCAACCAUUUUGUCAAUCUGGGUCAUAUUGUCAUUUCUGAACAGUUUACUGUAACUUUCAUCCACACAAAGUUAACAUUUUAUUGUGUUACAUUCAUAUCCAGUUUUGUCAGUAACAUGAAAUGAGGCAGAACUCCGUCACCAGCAGACCCGAGUUUGACUCUUCGCAGGUUUUGCUGCCGCCAUUUCCCCCCUUUAAACUGUUUUUCUUUCUCCUACUUGACUCGUACCGCCGAAUCUCAGCCCGUCCAAUCAGAAAGCUCAGCUCCUACUGCGUCAAGGGGUCUUGGCUACGCUAAGCCAAUAGAAUUCGAGCAUGACGUGCUACACUCACUUUGAGCUCUCAGCAGCGCCGCCAUGUUGUGAGGGUCAGAAUUGUCUGUAACUGGUGAUUAAACGGAAGAAACGAGCUUUCCGGGGGUUUAUGACCAUCUGUAAACCACUCCGCGUUUCUUACUGACGGACGUAAAAUAACGGACAGCUGUUUGGACUAAUCAUAAUUGCUCUUGUGCGUCUCAUCGCUUUUUCUGGCGUUGUGGACUGGACGUUUGGCCGCAGCCUCUGGAAACCUCAAUCGUCUCCCAGGAUGGGCAGCGUUUUAGCCGCCAGCGCCGCACCGGCGCCGCCGUUGCCGCCGGGCUUCGGGUUGCCUCCGCUCCCUCCUCCUGCGACCGGAUCCGGACCGCAGCGGGAGGCAAAGAACGUUCUGCCCAACCCCGGAGCGUUUGAGCAGUGUCAUCAGAAAUGUAAAGGUAACGGAAGCGGCGCGUCUGAAGACGCUGCGCUGCGGCUGGAGGUAACCGGAAGCUUCUCCUCCUCAGAGGUUUUCCCGACGCAGGUGAACGGAGUCCGACUCGUCCUGAACAAGGCGCUGAGCAAACACUUCCAGGUGAAUCAUUCUCUGCAGCUCAGCUCCACAGAAGACUCUGGCUACAGGUUCGGAACGGUGUUUGUCGGAUCCGGUCAGGCCGGUCCUGCUGAGUUCUACCCAGUCCUGGUGGGCGACGUGGACAGCAGCGGCAGCCUGAACGCCCAGGUCAUCCAUCGGGUCACUGACAGGAUCCGGUCCAAAGUGGUCUUCCAGACCCACCAGCAGACGUUCGUGACCUGGAAGGCCGACGCCGAGUUCAGGGGCGAGGAUUUCACGGCGGCGGUAGCCUUCACCAACCCAGACGUCCUCGACGAUUCUGGGAUGGUCAUCACACACUACCUGCAGUCCGUAACUCCGGCUCUGGCUAUGGGAGGACAGCUGGUGUAUCGGCGUCGGCCCGGAGACGAGGCGUCCUUUCUGUCGCUAGUGGGCAGGUACACAGGAAGUAACUUUGUCGGCGCGCUGACCCUCGGCUGGGCCAGCGUUCAAGCGUCGUACUACCACAGAGCCAGCGACAAGCUGCAGCUCGGCGUGGAGCUGGAGACCGGCUCCUUUUUGGAGGACAGCAGCAUGACGUUCGGCUACCAGCUGGAUGUUCCCGAAGCUAACCUGCAGUUCAAAGGUGUGAUCAACAGCAACUGGGUCGUCGGAGCGACGCUGGAGAAGAAGCUCCUCCCACUUCCUCUCUCCCUGGUGCUCUGCUCCUUCCUGAACCACCAGAAGAACAAAUUCCACUGCGGCUUCGGCGUCGUGAUCGGCUAGCGCCUCCUCUGGCGCCCCCUGCCCGUCCGCCUGAUUACUGCAUCCAGCUGUUAGUGUUCAGGAUCAAAUUUAGCUUUAAGCAGAAGGUCAAGUUCAGCAGAGACUUCCUGUUCUGAGUCUUAGUCCUGGUUUUUGUUUUUAAUGGAAGCCUUCUCUUGUUAUUAAGUAAAUAUUAAUCCAUCUGGUUCACCCACAAAGCUGUAGGAUCAGCCGUUUGGAAAGUUACACUGUAAAAAAUUAGCAGCAAUAUUUUGGGUUAUUUAAUCAUAACAGGAAAAACUGUGUGUUCAUUUCCCAGAGUCAGAUUUUCUCCAUGUUAUUUAUACAUUAGAAAUGUUACAGUUCCAAACUAAAUAUGUAGUUAGGAAGCUAAAUAUCUGACUUGCAAACUGAAUAUUUAGUUUCAGAUUAUUCAGCUUCAAAUUAUUUAUUUUCCGUAUGAAAUAUUUAGCUUGGACCUAAAUAUUUAGUUCACAAAGUAAACUAAAUAGCUUAAGUAGCAGCUAUUUAAGCUAAUGGGCUAACUAAGUAUUUAGCUUGCUAGCCAAAUAUUUGGUUACCACACUAAAUAUUUAGUUUGUGAACUACAUUUUAAACAUGAACCUAAAUAUAUAGCUUGGUAGCCAAACCUACUUUAGCUAGCAAGCUAUAUAUUUAUAAUACCCUAAUUUCUAGCACGUUAUAUUUAGCUUCCCUAACUGAAUAUUUAACUUAUCUAAAUAUUUAGCUAGCAAGUUGAUAGUUUAGUUUGCAGGCUAAUGCUUCUGCUAACUCAUCUUCCUAACGGGUGUUGAUAAAUGAGCGGCUGAAUAAACCAAAACUUU